AGUCGUGAAAGUUUUUGCAUAGUAUAACAAAAAUAAAAAUUAGAAUCAAAACAUUCUUAGGUUAAGGGUGUUUUAAAUUUGAUCCAUUUUUGGAUCUAUCUGAUUGAUCAUAGAGUUUAUUUUAUUUUGUUUUAAUUUGUCAUAGAGAUCAAAGAUCUUUCUUUUGAUGAUCAGUUUUUUUAGCAUUUUGUAAAAUUUUGUUCAUAUAAUCUUUUUUUUUUCUCUUUUCUUUCUUUCUCUUCAUCCUUGGUAGAAUCUGUAGAGUUUUCCUCCAUUUCAGGUUGUGUUGAUCUCAUUAUUACAAAGAUCAUCGCCUUUUGAUUUGAUAAAUUUAUGAUCUUGUUUGGAUACUGUAAAUUUUCCUUUUGUUUUCCAGGAAUUUGAAGAACUUUUCAGAUUUUAAAUGGAGGCGGUUAUGUUGUCGUCUUCGCUGGAUAAAUCAGUCUCCCCAUACAAGCAAAUGAAGAAUCCGGAAAGGGUUGCGUGGGGUUUUGUUUCGAAUCCGGUUGAGAGCUUGGCUCCGAUGAAUAACAUCCAUGGAGGUCUAUUGUUUGCUCCUCCGCCUCUUUUUUCCUCUUGUCCUCCCUCUGCUUCAGCUUCACUGAUGAAUCACCACCUCUUCCGCCAUCAACAGCCACCGCUCCUCCCUCUUCCACUUUCUCAGCCGCUCCAUAACUCACUCCUUGCUCGAAGCAGAUCACUCUCUUCCUCUCCUACCAAUAAGAAGUCAAACAGGACCAGAGAUCAACCUCUCACGCCGAAGAAAUCAAAAUCGAAGCCACUCACCUCUAAAGGAGAGGAGCAAAAGAAAGAUUUGAAACCAGUAGAAGCAACGGAGGAGGCAAAGGAAUCUGUUAUCGGAUUUGGACCAGAUCCGAACGAUCUUCCAAAGAAUAUGUUGAAAGUGCUGUCUUCACCAUCACUGAGACUGGAGCGUAACGUUGUGAUGAAUGAUCUGGAAACAUUUUCAGGUUCGGUUUUUACCCUCUCCCCACCGCCAAGCAGUUUGCCUAUGCCGAAGUUCUCACUCAGGCCGAAGCUCAGUUGCAAUGCAGAGGCUGCUGAAAUUGACGCCGGAGCCACCGAUGGCCUCCGACGACUGCUUCGCAUCUGUUGAAGUGAAAGCUUGUGAUCAUAUUUGCUUCUGGUAUAUGGUGUCAGAUGGUGUCAUGAGUUUCGGGUUUGCUCGUUAUGUUUUCUUCACCAUGAUUCUCUCCAUAUUUGGUUCUGGUAUAUUGUGAACAUGUAAUUCUCUCCAUGAUUCUCCCUUUCCUUCUCCAGGAUUUGCUAUUUUUGGUCUUGGGAAAAGUGUGCUCAACCCAUGGUUUUUCAUUUGGGGUGCACAAGAAAAAGUUGUGUAUUUUCACGAUCUAUAAAAAGUUCUACCUUUUGUAUAUCAGUGUUUUCAUCUUCCAAAUUCCAGAAAGUGGAAACAAGAAUAUUGGAUGACAAAAACUGAUUGUUGUACUUCAGAGGAAACCUAAAAAAUUUUUCAUGUGAUU